AUGGCGAGACCGAGCUCGGUCCGGGGCAAAAGCCCCCUGCCGUCAAAGUCCCAGGUUGCGACCGAGGCCAAAGGCACCUCCUACCAGUCUGAUGGCGUCGAGGACAAUGAUGUUUUCCUACUCCCCGGUACUGAUUACCUUGUUCUCCUCGUCCUCACCAUUGUCGGUGCUGCCGUGCGCAUCUUUCGCAUCUCACAGCCCACCAGCGUCGUCUUCGACGAAGUCCACUUUGGUGGCUUCGCUUCCAAGUACAUCAAGGGGAAGUUCUUCAUGGAUGUCCACCCUCCUCUGGCCAAGAUGUUUAUUGCUUUGACUGGCUGGCUGGCUGGUUUCGACGGCGACUUUGACUUCAAGGACAUUGGCAAGGAUUAUUUGGAGCCUGGCGUUCCCUACGUUGCUAUGCGCCUCUACCCUGCUAUUUGCGGCAUCUUUUUGAUUCCCUGUAUCUUCCUGACUCUCAAAGCUGUCGGCUGCCGUACCUUUACCGCUGCCAUGGGUGCCGGCCUCAUCAUCUUUGAAAACGGUCUCCUGACACAGGCCCGUCUUAUCCUUCUCGAUGCUCCUCUCGUUGCCGCUACCGCCUUUACCGCCCUCGCCUUCAACUGCUUCACGAAUCAGCAUGAGCUCGGCCCCUCCAAGGCUUUUAGCGUCACCUGGUGGUUCUGGCUCGCUAUGACCGGCCUUGGACUGGGUAUCACUGGCAGCAUCAAGUGGGUUGGCCUCUUCACUAUUGCCUGGGUUGGUGCCUUGACCCUUGUUCAGCUCUGGGUUCUCCUCGGCGAUAACAAGAACGUCUCUCUUCCCACCUGGGCCAAGCACUUCUCCGCUCGUGUUUUGUGCCUCAUCGUCAUUCCCGCCGUCUUCUACAUGGGCAUGUUCGCUAUCCACUUUCUCUGCCUCGUCAACCCCGGUGACGGUGACGGCUUCAUGAGCUCCGAGUUCCAGGCCACCCUUAACCACAAGGGCAUGAACGAUGUUGCCGCCGACGUUCUCAUGGGCAGCCGUGUUUCCAUCCGCCAUGUCAAUACCCAGGGUGGCUACCUGCACUCCCACCCUCUCAUGUACCCUACCGGCUCCAAGCAACAGCAAAUCACUCUCUACCCCCACAAGGACGACAACAACAUCUGGCUGCUCGAGAACCAGACCCAGCCGCUUGGAAUCGAUGGCGAGCCUAUCAACGGAACCAACGCCUGGAAUAAUCUCCCCGAACCUCAAUACAUCAAGGACGGUAACGUUCUUCGUCUUUUCCACACUCCGACUUCCCGCCGCCUUCACUCCCACGAUGUUCGCCCUCCCGUGUCCGAGAAUGAUUGGCAAAACGAGGUUUCUGCUUACGGUUACGAAGGCUUUGACGGCGAUGCCAACGAUUACUUCAGAGUUGAGAUUGUCAAGAAGCAGUCAGACGGUGCCAUUGCCAAGGAGCGUCUCCGCACCAUCGAGACCAAGUUCCGCCUUGUCCACCUUAUGACUGGUUGUGUUCUCUUCUCCCACAAGGUCAAGCUCCCUGACUGGGCUUCUGAACAGCAGGAAGUUACCUGCGCCAAAGGCGGCAGUCUCCCCAACAGCGUGUGGUAUAUCGAGCACAACGAGCACCCUCAGCUUGGCGAGGAUGCCGAAAAGGUCAACUACCGCAAUCCUGGCUUCUUUGGCAAAUUCAUUGAGCUUCAUCAGGUCAUGUGGAAGACCAACGCUGGCCUCACCGACUCUCACGCCUGGGACUCUCGCCCCGAGUCUUGGCCUAUUCUUCGUCGUGGCAUCAACUUCUGGGGCCGCAACCACACCCAGAUUUACCUUUUGGGCAACCCCAUCAUCUGGUGGUCCGUAACCCUCACCGUUGUCAUUUGGGUUGCCUUCAAGGGCCUUGCCAUCCUUCGCUGGCAGCGCAGCUGCGAUGACUACUCCAACCCUACCUUCAAGCGCUUCGACUAUGAACUUGGCAGCUCCAUCCUCGGCUGGGCUCUGCACUACUUCCCCUUUUUCCUGAUGAAGCGCCAGUUGUUCCUUCACCACUACUUCCCGGCGCUCUACUUCGGUGUCAUUGCUCUUAGCCAGCUGUUUGAUUUUGCCACUGCCCGCUUCGGUGGCCUGGGCAAGAGCCUGCCCGUCGUCAACCGCGCCGCUACGUCUCUGUUCCUGGUCCUCGCCAUCGCCGCCUUUGCUCUGUACAGCCCGCUUGCGUACGGCAACGAGUGGACCAAGGGCGAGUGCAACACCCUCAAGCUCCUCUCCAACUGGGAUUUUGACUGCAACACCUUUUACGACAAGUACGACGACUACGCCUCGGCCCGCAGCGCGAUUCUUAACGUUACUGCCGCCACCGCCCCCUCAUCCGAGCCCUCGUCCGCGCCCUCCAUCAUCGCCCAAGAAGAGAAGAUUGAGCAACCUUUUGAGGACGAGCAGGUCGCCGAGCUCAAGGGCAAGGUGGAAUUUGAGACCAAGUACGAGACCAAGACGCGCGUCGUCGACGACCAAGGCGCCGAGAUUCCCGCGCCUGAAGGUGGCUGGGAGGGCAAGCUCGGCGGCGCCGGCGUAGCUCCGCCCCAUCCCGACGUGGAAGGCGUCGACGAGAAGACUGUCGCCGGCAAGGACGCCGGUGCGGUCAAGGAGUUUGCAGCCAGCCGCGACGGCGAGAAGGAGGCCGAGGGCUCCAAGGCCAAGCCGGCGAGUGAAGGCAAAGAGGCGACUCGCAAGGACGAGUUGUAA